AGUUUUCAUUUGCUUUGAUGGGAUGGCGUAUUUGGAUUUGCUUUGGAUGGGUUUAAUAUUGAGGUUAGUAAGACCAAAUUAAGAGAUACCUGCCUGCACUGUAUUUUGAGUCUUCAGAUCAUCAGAUCUGGUCUUUGUUUUUUAUAAAUUGUCCCCACUUUCAACUGGCCAGUGAUUUGAUAAAAUUCUUUGUCCAAUAAUGUAAACUAAUGGAUAAAAGGGCAUAUUUACGUCACUAUAACGUGAGAAUUAGCACUUACCAAGAGCUUACUGUGUGCCAGGCAUCAUACUAAGUGUUUCCAUGUGUAUAAAUGUCUCUCGUCACACUGUGAGGUAAGUAAGUAUUAAUAACCUCUUACAGAUGAUAAACAGAGGCACAAAGAAGUAAUUUAUUAGGAUUAAAACUGGAAUUAGCUAAGAUCAAACUACAAAAACUUGGUAGUUUGAACCCAGAACUAGUGCACCUUAACACUACCUAUGCUGUGAGUCUUAGAAAGGCUUCUCUGUUUACAGCCUUCAUUCAAGGUCUUUUUAUUACACACAAUUUCAACACGUUUUCCAAGCUAAAGAACUUCACUAAAAGCAUCUAAAACAGUGACUUUUUCUCACAUUAUAUUGAUAAUCUAAUGUAUUCUGACAGCUGAAAUAACCGUGGUGCACAUUUUCUGAAGGCUUCAGCUUCUGACUGUGCAGCCCUCCCUCCAAAUCCAGGAAACACGUUAUCUACGGUUGUCUCGCCAGGUGCUCCAAUUAUGGAGAUUCUGGCCCUAGUGUCACUUUAGCACAUGCCAGGGAGCAUACAACAGAAUAGACCUGCGCAUCAGUCAGAUGGCAGGCACGGUCUGUUGAUGUCCGGGAUUUUCUGCGGUUGUUUUAUGGCGUUAGGAACUAGUUAAUUUUCUAGACUUGCAUAAUGCAAGGAAAUAUGUCAUUCAAGAAAUGUGCCUUGAGUACUCCAUCUUUACAAUUUAAGGAGUCAAAGAAGGAAUCCGCACAUCAGGAGUGGUUAGAGGGCUAGCAGGAUUUUUGGAGAAAUGAGAAAAUCUAAGGGCUUUAAUCACAGAGGCUGCAUCUGAAUGUUUCAAGUCCACAAACCUUAGGUGGUUCCUUUAAGAAGUGGAGGAGCUGCAACUUCCCGGAUGUGGAAGAAUGGCCCGCCUCUACCGUCUGUUACAAAUUGUAUUGUGGUACUCAGUGACGCCAAGCAACACCAAUGGUGGGGAAUAGUUUCUGGGUGGGGCUGCGCCUGCGCCGCCUGGAAGCUCCUCCAACGCUUGCGCUGUAGGAACUUCCCAGGGUUCCCUGCGCAUGCGUACCGCCGCCAGGCCCCCACCUUUCUCAGCUCGGGGCUGAGACAUGGUGCUGUCAGAACUGGCGGUGCGCCUUAAUUGCGCUGAGUACAAAAACUGGGUGAAGGCAGGACACUGCCUGCUGCUGCUGCGCAGCUGUUUGCAGGGCUUCAUCCGCCGCGAGGUCCUCUCAUUCCAUCGCGGACUACUCGCUGCAGUCCCUGGCCUUGGUCCCCACACCAUCUGUCGCGGUGGUUCCCGGUGCAGCCCACGCGCCCGCCAGUUUCAGCCUCAGUGUGUGGUGUGCACAGAGUGGAAACGUGAGAUCUUGAGGCAUCAUAUCAACAGAAAUGGAGAUGUGCACUGGGGAAACUGCCGGCCUGGCCUCUGGCCCGUGGACGCUUGGGAGGUAGCCAAGGCCUUCAUGCCUCGAGGACUGGCAGAUAAACGAGGACCUGAGGAAUGUGAUGCAGUUGCUCUUUUAAGUCUCAUCAAUUGCUGUGAUCACUUCGUGGUUGAUCGGAAGAAAGUCACAGAGGUAAUUAAGUGUCGGAAUGAGAUAAUGCACUCUUCAGAAAUGAAAGUAUCGUCUACAUGGCUUCAAGAUUUUCAGAUAAAGAUCCAAAAUUUUCUGAAUGAAUUCAAGAAUAUUCCAGAGAUUGAAGCAGUACAUUCCAGAAUAGAACAGGUCUCAAAUCAACUGGAUGCGGUGAAAGAGUUUUUGAAAAACAACACAGACCUCAGAAAUAGCCUUACAGAAGACAUGCAGAAGCUAGACAGCUUCCAUCUACAGCAUCAAAAACAAAUUUCAAAGGACACUGAGAGUCAGACACCUGAAAGGAAGGCUUGAGGUCAAUGGCAUUAGACUGCUUCGGUCACCUUUGGACUUUACUGUAUUCCCAAAACUGCCUACAAGAAAUGCUCCAUGCCAGGGCUCAGCAAAGAUGAUUUCGCUCCUUUACCUGAUCAGCUGCCUCCCAAGAUUGAUUCUGCAGAGAGUGGGUGGAGAGAGACUGUAUUCGGCAUAUAUUUUGACUGUAGAACCCAAAUGAACGUAAAUGUGCCUGCAGCUUGGUUAUUUCAUUUCCUGCUCGCUGUUUGAUUUUCAGUCUUAUGUUUUCUUUCUUCCUUCAUUUGUUCUCCCUUCUCAAGUUACUUGGGAAGACUUCAAGAAUAAAACAAGAUUUUGUA